GUUACUCAUCGGCUGUACAGAAGUUCUCCCAGACUUUGCAGUCCUUUCAGUUUGACUUUAUUGGAGACACACUAACAGAUGAUGAGAUUAAUAUUGCUGAGUCCUUUAAGGAGUUUGCAGAGCUGCUCCAUGAGGUAGAGCUGGAGAGGUCCAUGAUGGUACAGAAUGCUAGUGAUUUGCUGAUCAAACCUUUGGAAAACUUUCGGAAGGAGCAAAUAGGGUUCACCAAGGAAAGAAAGAAGAAGUUUGAGAAGGAUGGUGAGAAGUUUUAUUCUAUGCUGGAUCGCCAUUUGCAUUUGUCUUCCAAAAAGAAGGAAUCACAAUUACAGGAGGCUGACCUUCAGGUUGACAAAGAGAGACACAAUUUCUUUGAGUCCUCCCUCGAGUAUGUGUACCAAAUCCAGGAAGUACAAGAAAGCAAGAAAUUCAGUAUUGUUGAACCGGUGCUGGCUUUUCUCCACAGCCUCUUUACUUACAACAACCUGACAGUUGAGCUCACACAGGAUUUCCUCCCUUAUAAACAGCAGCUUCAGCUCAGCCUGCAGAAUACAAGAAAUCAUUUUUCCAGCACGCGGGAGGAGCUGGAAGACCUGAAGAAGAGGAUGAAGGAAGCCCCCUUAACCUGCAAGCUACCUGGGCAGCCGACCAUUGAGGGCUAUCUCUACACUCAGGAGAAAUGGGCGUUGGGCAUCUCCUGGGUGAAAUAUUACUGCCAGUACGAAAAAGAGGCAAAAACCUUACGGAUGACGCCCAUGGACCAGAAGCCCGGAGCUAAGCAAGGCACCUUAGACCUGACCCUGAAAUCCUGCGUAAGGAGAAAGACUGACUCUAUAGACAAAAGGUUUUGUUUUGACAUUGAAACUAACGAGAGGUCUGGGACCAUCACGCUGCAAGCGCUCUCGGAAGCCAACCGAAGGCUGUGGAUGGAGGCCAUGGACGGGAAGGAGCCGAUCUACCACAGUCCCAUCACAAAACAGGAAGAAAUGGAGCUGAACGAGGUCGGCUUCAAGUUUGUGCGGAAGUGCAUCAACGCAGUGGAAACGAAAGGCAUUACUACGGAGGGCGUCUACCGGACUGUUGGCAGCAAUAUCCAGGUGCAGAAGUUGCUGAAUGCCUUUUUUGAUCCAAAAUGUCCAGGGGACGUGGAUCUCCAAAGCGGCGACUGGGACAUCAAGACGAUUACCAGCUCACUGAAGUUUUAUCUCAGGAACCUGUCUGAACCCGUCAUGACAUACAAGCUCCACAAAGAGUUGGUCCUGGCUGCCAAAUCUGAGAACCUGGAUUACAGGCUGGGAGCCAUUCAUGCGCUGGUCUAUAAACUACCCGACAAGAACAGAGAGAUGUUAGAGCUCCUCAUACAACACCUUGUCAACGUAUGUGAGCACAGCCGAGAGAAUCUGAUGUCACCGUCUAACAUGGGGGUGAUAUUUGGACCUACCCUCAUGCGAGCGCAGGAGGACACUGUGGCAGCGAUGAUGAACAUCAAGUUCCAAAACAUUGUGGUUGAGAUCCUCAUCGAGCACUUUGGGAAGAUCUACUCCGGCCCCCCAGAAGACACCACCGCACCCCCGGUGCCUCCUCCCAGGGUGGCUGCCCGGCGACACAAACCCAUCACCAUAUCCAAACGUCCUCUGAGGGAAAGACCUGUCUUCUUCGGUGCUUCUGUGGAAGAAAGCGGAG